AUUGUUAUGGACGACUACAGUGACCCCAAAGAUGUUUUAAAAGCUGUCCAAGAAAGUGGCAUGGUUAUACCCCCUCAGAAACCUGAAAUGGUCCAUCACUACCCUGAAGACGACUACUCAGUACCAUACGAACCUCAACGCAUGCUCAAAAUGAGAGGAGAAGGAAAGAAAGGAUCAAGACAUUCAGCUGAAGAAGAGAACUGGCCAGUUCCAAAGCCACAAGAACGUUUCAGGCAUCACACUUACGAAGAACCACCCGAUGUCUCACCUCCCAUCAGGAGAUCUGAAACACCCGACAGUUACGUCGGUGAAUCAAGCGACGAACUCAAUGGACACUCGCCAGCAAGCAUGUCACCGUCGCCUCACCGGCAAGUCAACUAUUCCAAAGAUCACCACUCAUCGUCGCCGAUGUCCUCAGAGAGCGCGGACGACAGCUUCCCACCAAUGCAUUCCUCGUCGCAAAACCACCGUCAGCAGACGCCACAGCACGACAGAAGACCCACGGCAGAGUACGACAACCCUUGGGAGUGGAGCAAUAAUCCCAUGAAGAUGGCUAAGAUGGGACCGAGUCCAGAAGGGUUUGAAGGUCCAAGGGGGAGGAGUAGGUCCGAACUACCAGCCAAUAGAGUUAUGAGGACGAGUCCUGAGUCGGACACCAGGCCAGGAGACGAGUAUGACGCACCAUGGGAAUGGAUGCCAAUGAAUAGGAAACUCUCACAAGCUAUCACAGACAAGGAGAAGCAUCAGCAUGCGGGGCGUGUCUCGCCCCUGCCGGAGACUCCUACGAGGGGGGUUAAAAAGGGGAACAUGAAGCUUGAUAUCAAGUCAAGACCGGUAGACAUGCCCGGAGAGCCGGUAGAUCCCAAGAUACCACUCACCCAUCAAACAUGGUACCACGGGAAGCUAUCAAGAUCAGAUGCAGAGAAGAAGUUAAAAUCCUGCAAGGAAGGUAGUUACUUGGUUAGACAGAGUGAGAGUGCUGCCAGGGAUUACUCAUUGUCAUUAAAGAGUGCAAAGGGUUUCAUGCAUAUGAAGAUUGUGUUCAACCACCAAUCAGACGGAUAUAUAUUAGGAGAGUUCAGUAAACCAUUCCCGAGCAUCUCAGAAAUGAUAUGCUACUACACAAGGCAAAAGCUCAACAUCAGAGGGGCAGAGCACAUGGCAUUGCUACACCCGGUCAUAGACCAGUUACUAUAGGCCUGAUCUUGGCGUUAGAACCCCUGUAGAAGAUAGACUGUUCUAGAAAAGACUGGCUGGCUGUGAGAGAGACGAUGAAGAUGGUUAUCGGUUUUUCCUCCGUUUCUGUUUCAUGUGUCUUGGAUUGAUUUGGGCAGAGCAUACUGGAAACAAUGAGAGACUAGUCCUCAAAAGUCUAGAGGAUUCCUAUCCUCUGCACGUUCAGACUGCUACACUGUCCCACAUUGUUCUAGAAGAUGUUGUGGACUAUCUGAUAGUCCAAGCUUUGACUGUCUGCAAGACAAGCCAGCUUGCGAGACCCAUACUGAACUAGUCCAGGUCUAAGAGAUAGACUUCACUAUAUAUUGUUAGAGAUAUUUAAGGCUAGAAACACCCCUGAAGAUGAUCUAUCCUUGAGGAAUCUGUUCCUGAACCCUGGAAUCUUGAAGGUGUGAUGGAUGGGCAGUUCUUUGACAUGUACCAGACAUUGAAGCAGAAUGAAGAUAAUGCUACAAAGGUACAACUCCAUUCUGCAAAAGACAACAGAAUGUAAAAAAAUAAAGGCAUAUAGAGAGUACUGUGUAAAUAUUUUCAACCAAAUGAAGUUUUGGCAGUUUUUCCUACUGAGGAGAAUAUGUGCAGCUGUCAAACAGGGAAGGACUAGAACGAAAGGAUGGACUGCAACAUGGGUAUUGUCAGAGGAUUACCUAAACAGCAGCAGCCUAGACUGUUGAUGCUUAAAAGUACAAAAAAUGAAGUUAUGGACACAGCAAGUGGUAUUAGGGAUUGGCUACUGUUGGAUUACUCUGCCUUUCCCUAUAUACGUAGUGAAGGGUUGAUGGAUGGAUGAAAAUCAAAGAAAGUGUCAGAAACUUCCCAUGUUUCUGAAUUACAGGCGUCAUUACUUGAUAAGUGUUGUCUGUAGGUUCAGUAUAUUUCUUCACGAAACAGAGGAUAAAACAGUUUGGUGUUGCCCGUGUUGGGUGGAUAUAUCAUACAAGAAAGAUAUAUAUAAAUCUAUCAAAGACUUAUCUUUCAUCACAUAUACAAAAGCUAUGGUGAUUAUAAAUAGAAAAAUAAUUGUGGAAAAAAUAUUAUGUGUGCUAUUACUAUAAAUGAGCAAAGAUUUUGAAUGAUAAUGGUAUAUGCGGUACUUAAUUUUCAAGUCAUACUACAUGUGUCACAGGGUCAUUCAUAUGAGAAAUACAUGUAUGUUGAUAUUUCAUGUUAAUGUUAAUCAAAUCUAAACUCCUUAAAAGCCCUCCUUUCUCCCUCGUUUUACAGAGAUUUUUAAUUUUCCUUCAAUUGUGUUAUACUGGGAAGAAGGUCUGUUUUAUGCAUGGUAUGUAAACCAUAUAUGUACUUCUUUUUAAAUAAAAAUCCCCCAAAGGAAAUCGAACCUUAGCAAAAAAAAAAAAAUUACAGAGAGCAGAUCUGUUGAAUAUUAUUAUUAAAAAUCCAAUGAAAACAAUGAAAGAUUUUGAAAUAUUAGCAAUAUAGAUACAUGUACACAUUGAUGCUUGUGACUAUAUGAUAUUUCGCCAUUUCAAUAUGAUAAAGUGCCCAUCCCCAUGUGUUGCAAUACAAAAAAAAUAUUAAUACGUUUCUUUUGCAAUUAAAAGACAAUCUAAAAACAGUGACGCAGGUCACUGUAGAUUGUCUUUUAAUUGUAAAAGAAACUUAUUCUGUUGAUAGUGCCCUUAAGUGUGAAGGGACUUCAGAGGAAGAGGGGAACAAAAGGUACAACCAGUAUCUGGCCAAAUCCCCCCAAAUAAUUUAUCUGAAUUCAUUGACCACAAGUUUGAAAGAAUCAUUAUCCGCUUUCUCCAAUUAAUUAUGAUAAUUUUCCCCCUUUUGAUGGUAAAACAUUUACAUAUUUAGCUUGCAUAUUGUGGCCCGGAUGAAUGCAUUCCUUCUUUCAUACUAGUGAAUUUAUUUUGAAAGUUUGUGUUUCAUUUCUAGUUGAUUCUUCCCCAUGCACUGAAACUACAGAUAUAUUGGGAUACAUGUGUUCAAUGUGCAUGUUCACUUUUUCAACUUUCUGAUGACAAUAGAUAGCCGUGGCACGUUAUAUUGUCACUGUACAUACAUACUGAGGAUGGCUGGUCCGUCUCGACCACUCACACCAAGCUUUAAUGCAAUGCAACGUUAUAUGCAAUAUAAUAGUAGGAUACAUUGAUGUAUUAUAUGAAAUAUUCAUGGCAUGGUGUAUUUUUUGGGGGUAAUUCUCUAUUCUCUCUAGUCUGCAGUGGUACAAAUAGAUUAUAUGUCAGUAAUUAUGGAAACUAUAUAGGAUAGUACAACUGUUUUGAGCUCCAUUUUUAGUUGAAAAUAAUUUACUAUAAAAUGGCUUACUCACAAACCCAUUUAAAAUUGCUUGAAUACUUUGUAUGUAUAAAGCAUACACAACCUUUGAGAAGAAAAUGAAAGAUAAACUUCUUGUAGAAUGAGCCAGAAAUAGAUGUUGGUUUUGGUGGGGACACCUUGUAUCUUUAAAACAUUAAAUAUUUUGGAGAGUGAAAAUACAAGGCACUAUAUCCAGGAAGCCAGUCUCCUGUUUGCGUGAUGGCUUCAUCGGAUGAG